GGGAAGUCAAGCUGUCGGUCUUGGCAUUCUGGAAAUUUCUCGUGUCGACUUGAGUCGAGAUCUUCUCUUCCUUCCUUUCCCCGGUCUUCCUCCUUUCUCUUCUUCCUCUUUUGCUCUCCACACUUCAACCUUUACUGUCUUUCUUGAUCAUCUUUUACAUCCUAUAACCAAUUCCACCCAUAUCCACGUCCAAUUCAUCAAAAUGUCUUUCCUCCGCAACAUCAAGAACCUUACUCCCCUCCUCGACCGUGUCCUGGUCCAGCGCGUCAAGCCCGAGACCAAGACUGCUUCCGGCAUCUUCCUUCCUGAGAGCAGCGUCAAGGAGCAGAACGAGGCCAAGGUCCUCGCCGUUGGCCCCGGUGCCGUUGACAAGAACGGCAGCCGCCUUCCCAUGAGCGUUGCUCCUGGCGACCACGUCCUGAUCCCUCAGUUCGGUGGCAGCUCCGUCAAGGUUGGCGAGGAAGAGUAUACUCUCUUCCGGGACCAUGAGCUCCUUGCUAAGAUCAGGGAGAACUAGAUCUAUUCUUCGUCUUGUUCUUCCGCUUUCCGGCUGGUUGAAACAAUCCAAUCGGGAUCUUGUAUUAUAUUACGCAAAUCAUGAGCUUUUGUCAUACACUAAAAAAUAAUUUAAAAAAAAGCCAUCUACGAAGUGAGGACGGUGUAGAGCCUGUUCCUCUAUCUCAGGGCUAACGUUACCCUUUCUUAUCUUGCAUCUACUGUCUAAAGCGUUCAAUGUAUCUUGGUUUCUUUGCAUACCAUGCGAUGUACUUUAGCAAUCGUUGUCCUUUCUGCUGUCUGCGGGUUGAACAUGAGUAAUCUAAAACGAAUAUCUCCUCUCUACUUGGUCUCUUCCCCUAGAAUCGUGUAUCAAUCAAAUUUCAAUGCCCAGUCACAUUGCCAGUCCUUCUCGAUGAAUGCAUCAAUUCCCCCACCUAUCAAGUCCGGGAAGAGCUC